GGAGUGGAGAUGGAGACGACUAGCGAUCAGCUGGCGUUGGAGGAGCUGUGCCAGGGGGGAGGUUGGGCCGCGCUAGCAGUGGUGGGGGGUGUGGACAGGGGUCUGCGGGUAGGAGGGGUUGCCCUGGACAAGGUCACCGGUCGUCAGGUCACCGUGCUCGGCUCAUCCCCCACCAGGCACCCCUCCAGGCAGGCCAACGCACACAUCAAGGUCUACUGGGAAGACGCCGGCGAGGGACCUGCUAUCAGCGACCGAGCCGGCUGCCUGCUGGAGCCAUGCGAGCCCACGCCCUUCAACAUCAACAAACUGAGUCGCGUCCCCCCCACCACUUGGCGCAGUUUGGCGUGCAUUUCAAAUUUGGCGCGCGAACUCGCAUUUCCCGCCUGUCAGCUGAGCGACGACGAAGCGGCCGCCAUCAAGAAGGCACAGGAUAUGACGUCAUCAGCAGCAGCCAAUCAGCAGCCGGCUCCGCCUAACCCCCCGCCCACCGCCACUCCCACCGUCACCAGUGUCGAGUCACUCACCAAUCAGAUUAUUGUGAAUAUUUUCGGCGAGGUGACUCGUCGUGCCAGCAUCGAUACCUUGUUGGAUAAUAUGAUAACACAAGAAGCUAGCACUCAGCAACAGUCAGCCGGCCUGGGUGUCAGCAGUACAUCACACAGCAAUCAGACAGAUGGCAGGGACUCUGUCACAUUGAGAAUGGCCCUAGAUAAACUGACCAAGUGUGAGGCUCAAGCGCUAAGGUUGGUAUUCCUGCAGUUUGGGGCCCUGAAAACACUGUCAGCUUUACUCAGCUGUGGCCAAUAUGCUGAACUACUGUUGGUGCCUUGUGAGAGACCACCAGAUGACAAAGAGGAAAAGGUGAGCUGUUCGGAUUCUAUGAAGUCGGACACAGAAGCCAUAGAUGAGAGCGAACUAAGAGAGGCCAUUCGCUACACGCUCAAGUGUUUUGUGGACAAGAGCAUAGAGUCUUGUCAGAUGCCUUGGAUCACCUCUUUGGCUGAUCUCGAACGGGGCUUCAGCCUUCUGCAAUCCACUCACGUUGCACGAGCUUUGGAGCACAGAUACCGGCUCGGUCAAAUGGAAGAACUCGUUCGCUCGCUCGCUUCCAACGUUUCCUCCACACUAAACUCAUCCGACCAGACGUCGUGUGAGUUGAGCAGAUAUUUCUCACUGAGCAGAUCCGACGCGGCCGGAGCUCCGUUCACAACCAACAACCGUCAGCAACUGAGUGGCGGCGCAUGCGCGAAUGCAUCUGCGCAAAACACUAGUGCGCAGCUAAUCGGGUCUAGGAGAGGGGGAAGAUCGCCUUCGCCUCCGCCGCCUCUCCAUCUGGCCGCGCCACUCCUUGAAAUGGGGUUCACGCUGAAGCAUGUCCAAAAGGCUUUGCGUGCUACUGGCAGCCACGCUACAGUUUCAGCCAGCACCAUUAACAAGUUGGCAACGUGGAUGAUCGAGCACCCGUGCAUUCUGGAUGUGGCCUGCACCUCUGCCCCCUCUCACUCGACACCCGACCAGAAGGGCGCAGGGGUGGGGGGAUUCGAAACGGUGACGUCAUCAGAGGUGCCAAGGGAGAGGCAGAGGAGAGACAUCGUCCCGUCGUAGAGUCUCAUCCGAUAUCAGGAAUUACUUGAUGGAGAAAUGCCGUCUAGCCGAGCGUGAGCGAGAACGAGAACGUGAGCGCGAGAGAGAGAGCGUGCGAGGAGAGGCGAGACCCUUGGUGAGGUCCUCAUCCUCCUCUUCGCCGUCGCCCUCAGCGCGGGAGAG